CUGCAGUUGGCGGACUGUCGCGGACGUGAUCACGUAUGAGGCGGACUUUGGUCCGACAGACUACUAUCCGGAGUGCAAACAACGAGAGUGUAUUAGUUUUCAAAUACAGGUCACAAAGCGAGCGAUAUGUUUGCAGUAGUAUUUUAUACCGAUUGCGUACGUCAGCGGUAUUAAAAGCGACACGACGAUCUGCAUGAGAGUCUAUCGGUAACCGGAGGUAGCCAGAGUGUGCUAGAGAUGAGCGGGCAUGCAGCUCGUCCCGGCGAAGGUGGUCAAGCCGUUCUCGAGCGCAUUCAAGUAUCUGUACUGCCGAUCACUGGAAAACACGCUCCGACAUCAGCCGUUACAUCAAUGGAGAGGCAAGAUGUGAACGUGACGAAAAAAAGCACCGGAAAGGAGAUUUCAAAUACUCAACGAGUCUGGACAAGUCUGGUUUCCGGCGCGAUAGCAGGUGCGUUGGCGAAAACCACGAUAGCGCCGUUAGACCGCACGAAGAUCAACUUCCAAAUCUCGAAGCAGCCAUACUCAGCCAGGGCAGCGGUGGAGUUCCUGAGAAGAGCGUUGCGUACCGAGGGUCUUCUCAGCCUAUGGCGUGGAAACAGCGCGACCAUGAUCAGGAUUGUUCCGUACUCGGCGGUGCAGUUCACAGCGCACGAACAGUGGAAGAGAAUCCUGAGCGUAAACGGCGCGGAAAGUAAAAAACCGUGGGCUAGUUUUCUGGCCGGCGCUCUCGCGGGCGUGACUUCGCAGACUAUGACGUAUCCGUUGGACUUGAUGCGCGCAAGAAUGGCGGUGACCCUGAAGGCCGAGUACAGGACGCUGCGACAGGUGUUCUGGCGUAUCUACAAAGACGAGGGAAUACUGGCGUAUUAUCGCGGCUUCACCGCCACGCUCCUCGGCGCGAUCCCGUACGCCGGAUGCAGCUUCUUCACGUACGACAUGCUGAGAAAUUUAUUCGCCGUGUACACGGUGACUAUUCCGGGAUUCUCCACCUCGCUCAUCUGCGGCGGCAUCGCUGGAAUGGUCGGUCAGACAAGCAGCUACCCACUGGACAUUGUGCGGCGGAGAAUGCAGACGUCGGCGAUCAAGGGACAGCAUUAUCACACCAUCACAUCGACUAUCGUGAAAAUUUACACGGAGGAAGGAAUAAUGGCUUUUUACAAAGGAUUGAGUAUGAAUUGGGUGAAGGGUCCUAUUGCGGUUGGAAUCAGCUUCGCCACACACGACACAAUAAGAGAUACACUGAGGGACGUGAUUUGCGAAGAUAGGUAUACGUAGAACUAAGAGAAGAUAAAUAUUAAAAAUCUGACAUUAAUAAUUAUAAAAUAAUUAUAAUUAUUAAGGACAAUUAUAUUAAAGGAAUUAUUGUUAAUAAUUUAUUAACAAUAAUUAUUUAAUUAGCUUUUUAGUUAAUAAUUAUAAUUAUUAAUAAUGACUUAAUUCUAUCAUCUAACGUAAAUCGCUUUAAUGAUGGAUAAAUGUCAGCUUAAAUCUCGGAGUAACUUGAACGAAAAGAAAAAUGCACAAAGUUGAUCGCAAAGAGAAUAAAAUGAUAAUGAAGUGGAUGCGUUAUAACGAUGCGCGGAGAGAAUAAUGAUUUUGUUAAUUUGUGAGGGCAUUUCUGCAAAGGUAACAGGAGAUCAUUAGUACAAAUUGUUAAAUAUUAUGUACAUAUUGUUAUUCCAAACGUUAUAGAGAUCGUUAAAGUUAGAGAGACAUAAUAAGAGUAUACAUGUGCAUACACAAAACCAUACAUGCACUAUAUGUUGAUCCGGCAAUAUAAUAUUCUAGCUUGCCUCAAUCUAUUUUUUUUUUUUUUUAUUUGAAACAUGAUGUAAAAAUAUGAUUUUUGACUCUGCGCGAAAUUAUUUCUACAAGUUCUACAUAUGGUAAAAGUAAACAAGCUGGUAUACUUUGCGCUCAAAAUUAUGUAUUAUGUAAUAUAAUAAUUCAAAUAACUUUUAAUUUUUUUAUCUUUUACUUUAAAGAUAAAAAUACUCAAAAAAUUUCCAAUGACAAUUCUUAAGAUCUUGUAACAUAUGAAACUAUUGUACAGAUUUUAUAAGUUGCGUUCAAAAUUGAAAUUUAGAUUACACUUUAUACAAUUGUUAUGCUUAUUGAUUAUGUAAUCGAUUGAUUCGUUUUGAUGCUGCAGUGAAUAAUCCACGUUUCUUCAAAUAACUGCAAUUGAUAACGACAAUAAAGCUUAGAGCUUGAAGCAUCGUGAAGAUUCAUUUUAUAUAAUGUUCCGUUGCUAUAUUAUGAUAAAUUGUUUACAAUAAUAAUCUGCUUUGCAAUUUGUUAGUGUUAAAGAAGAUUAUACAUAGGUACUUGAUUUACUUUUACAUUUGAGUAUCUUACGAUCGAAUACUUUUAAGUAUCUUGUACAUAUUGCUAAAUGCUGUACUAUUUUACGCUGAAAAAGAUAUUGAAGUAUAGAAUUAGCGCGACAAGAAUGGGAAAUGGCUACGUUUUGUAUCGUUCGAAAAGAAAUAAGUUUUAUGACUGAUAUGAAAAAUUCGUUAUUUUCUCUAUCCUAUUUAAUAUUUUAUGCUAUUGCUAUUUGAUAAUGUUUCUUUUCGAGAUGCUGGUUUUUGAAAGUAAAAAUUUUUAGAGAAUUGAUGUCAAUUAUAUCAUACUCAUAUGCAUUGUAAAAACUGCUAUUUAUUCUGUAAAGGUUUUGUAGCUUGUUUGCGAUCAUUGUAUUGAUUAAUGAAGUCCAUUAGUAAAUAUAUAAAUUUUAUACGGUA